CUUAUCAGAGACUGUUGACCGUACAGCUCACUGAGAGGAGAGGCGACGCUUUGACGCUCUGAACAGCACUCAGGAUGGUUCACAUGAUGGAGGGAUCAUCUCUUAAAUCUUCGCUCAGAAGCUUCAACGUGUUGGUUUUCCUUCUUCUGACACACUUUGAUGAAGGUCAGUCUCAGGCCAUGGCUCCAUCUCAACCCGUUCUAUCGAUGGUUGGUGGAGACGCUGUGCUGCCGUGCCAUCUGGAAGCUGGUUUAGAUGCUGCUCAGGUGACGGUGGAGUGGGGGAGGCCGGAUCUGGAGCCCAGAUUUGUGUAUAUUUGGCACAAUGGGAAGGAAAUUACAAAUGACCAAAACGAAGCCUACAAAGGAAGAGUGUCGAUGUCUGCAGACGAACUGAAACAAGGCAACGCUUCCCUGAAGCUCACCCAACUGAAAAUAUCUGAUAAUGGAAGAUACAGAUGCUACCUUCCCAAACAGAAACAAGAAUAUUUUGUGGAGCUCCUUGUUGGUUCUGUCUCUUCACCUGGAGUCAGUUUAGCAGGACUUGGUAGAACCCACGGCUCAGUGGAGUUACAGUGUGAGUCUGCAGGCUGGUAUCCAGAGCCUGAGGUGUUGUGGCUGGACGGUGAUGGAAACCUCCUCUCUGCUGGACCUACAGAGACAGUCAGAGGUCCUGAUGACCUCUAUACUGUCAGCAGCAGAGUGACUGUGGAGAAGAAACACAGCAACAAGUUCACCUGCAGAGUCCAGCAGAAAAAGAUCAACCAGAGCAGAGAGACAUGGAUCCAUGUUCCAGAUGAUUUCUUCGAGGUCUCAUCUAGCUGUGCUGCUUCUGUUGCCUUUAGUGUGAUUUUUGGCCUCAUGUUGGUUUUUACAGUCUCACUUUUUGUCUGGAAAUGGAAGCAAAACAAAAGCAAAAUGAAACAGUUCCAACAUCGAAAGGAAGAGGAAAAACAACUGAUGGCAGAAACCAAUAAAAUAGAAGAUUUUGAUAAGAAAAAGGCAAAACUAGAUGAGGAGUGCAUGAAGAAUGAGGAAGAACAAAACAACGUGACACAGACGAUUGACGAUCUACAGAAAAUAAAGAAGAAACUGGAGAUGCUGAAAGAAAACCUCUUAUCCCAAAGUCAAGAGGCAGAUAAGAAAUCUGAAGAACAGGAGAAGAAGAUGAAGUCACUGGAUGAAGAAGUGAUGAAGAAGGAGGGAGAUCAGACAGCAAACAGAGCACAGGGAUACUUUAAACUAAAGGACAUCAUGACUGAGGUCAAAUGGAACCUGGGGGACAGAAAGAAAGAUCAUCAACAACUGAACAUGAACACAGAGAGUAUAAUGACGGCUGUAAAUAAUGAGGUUGAAAAACAGAAAGAAAAGAAGCAUAAACUAGAGAUCAGCCUGGAGCAAAUGAAACAACAACUGGAGGACACAGAGAAACACAAGAAAGCACUUCAGAGCAAACUACAGUCAGACAAUGAAGGAAACUAACAGGAUCAGAUCUCAUCUCCUGUCAUGUUAAUGUGAGAAAAUACAGAAAGAAAGAAAAGUUUAUGUCUCUGAUAUCCUCUUAGACACAAUAUUUAGAAGAAGAUUCAGAUAGAUAGAUAGAUAGAUUUGGACCAGUAGAUUUACAUGAUAAAUAUGAAUGUUUUUUUUGUUUCGUGUUUUUAUACUGGGUUGAUUUUCUUUAGAAUUUCACGUAAAAAUCAGAGUAACACACUUGUACUGUAAACAUGUUUUGUAGCUUUUAUCUUUUGUGUCUGAACAUGUUAGUGUGCACUGACUUCUGCGUUAUUAUUCUUUUAUUUUUGAACUUUUGUUGUGCUAUGGUUUAACUUUUUAAUUUAGGUGAGACCUCAUCUUUUCACACUUUUGGCCUAAAUAAUGUUUUAAGCUUUAUCAUUUUUGUGGCUAACGACUCAGUUAUUUUCUUAACAUUCACAAUAUAAAUGACUAUAAACAUAAAUAAAGGGGAAGGUUAUUUAUUGAUUCUUUUUAGUAGUGAUAAUCAGGUCUUAAAGUUAGUAAAAUGUGACUUUUUUCCUCCUUUUUUUCCUCUUCUUUGUUUGCUGUUAAACUUUUUUUGAAAUUUGGAAUUUUGACACUCAGCCAAAGCUCAGCUACCACUCUUGCUUUGGGUACAUUAUUUGCACUAAAUGCAUACUGUUGGCAUAUUUUUUUUUCAUUAUAUCUCAGUGUUUCUAACGGUGAGAAUUUACUUGUGAUGUGACCAAUGUGUCUGCAGAGAGGAGAGCUUCAUCCAGGUUAUUUUCUGAAUCUACAAUUUACAGAUGUCCCUCAAACGCCUCACAUGCAGACUGUCAGUAGACACUAUAAUCUAAUGAUAUUUUCACAUUUUAAUGUCUAAUUGUUGCUUUGUCAUGUUUUGUAUAUUUUAAUUCUUUGUGAAGUACGUCAUGACUUUAGUUUUGAAAAACAAAACAGAAAUUAAGUUUAUUAUUGUCACUAUUCUCUAAAAGGCAUUUUAAUGUCAGAUUUCCCUACGAUUUUUAUUUUAUUUUAAUUUUUUAGUCCAUUCAGGCUAAUGACUAAAAGUUGCAACAACAGACCUACUAAAUAUAAAAUGCACUGGCAAAAUAAAAAAUGUAAAACACAUUAAUAAAAUGAAAAAUAGAAUAAUAAAUUGAAAAACAGAUGAUUGGAAUCCAGAA